GUCGCAUGUCAUGUUCAUUCAGUUCUUUGGUUGAAUGGCGAAAGCAUUUGCUACUUGAACAGAUGAAAUGUGGAAAUCUGUGCUAUUGCCUUUUAUUUUAGCAGCAUGCUUUUAAACAGAGAUUGAACUGGGCGUCUCAAUAUGGAAUUCAUGAUUUUUUCAUUAAUUUCAAUUUAGGUUGUUCACACAAGAUGACUCACAAUAUCCUGAAAAGUUUACAUCGAGUUGAACUUGGUGGAUACAACUACUGGCCGCUAUUUUCACAAAUUGGAAUCCGUCUUUACAGUUAUGAAGAAAUCCCAACUUUUUUAAAAGGCAAUCCGUACAUUACUGAUGGAUAUAGGGCUUACUUGCCAUCAAGUUUGUGUAUCAGAAGCCUGUUUGUUUUGUCCAACGAGAGUGUGAAUAUAUGGAGCCACUUGCUGGGGUUCCUGUUGUUCUUCCUCAUGGGUCUCCAUGACACUUGCUUCCUGUUGCCAUCAUCAAACAGCACCCGGGAUGACUACGUCGUUUUUAUUAUUUUUGGCUUCUGUUUCCAGUUCUGCAUGCUCUGCUCAGCAGGAUAUCAUCUGUUUUGCUGCCACCACUCUGAGAAAACCAGCCAGCAGUGGCUUGCCCUCGACUAUGCGGGUGUCUCAGUAGGAAUGUUGGGAUGUUAUGUCCCAGGAGUUUUUUAUGCUUUUUAUUGUGCUGAGCAGUAUUGGAGACAAGUGUACCUGAUAACCGUGCUGGCCAUGAUUUUUGUGAUGUUCCUCACACAAAUCCAUCCGCAGUAUGCCUCGCAACAUUGCCACAAGCUACGCAUUCUGCUCUUCUGCUUCAUUGCCGCCUAUGGAGUAAUCCCCACGAUUCACUGGAUAUUUCAAAAUGGUGGCAUUGGGGAACCAGUUGUUAAGGUGUUUGCACCCAGAGUGGGUAUUAUGUAUCUUCUAGCAAGUUUGGCGUUUCUGUUUUAUUACAGUAAAGUACCUGAGAGGUAUUUUCCUGGUGGAUACUUGAAUUACUUUGGCUGUAGUCACCAGUGGUGGCAUUUCUUGGUAGUUUUAAUGUUCUAUUGGUGGCACCAGACUGCUGUACAUAUAAUGCAUUAUAGACAUGAGCAGCCAUGUCUAAAAAUAAAGUAAAACUUUUAAUUUACAAGUUUUCCAACAUUACCUGAAGAGGACUGCUUUCCAAUUUAGAAAAAUCAGCAAUCUUGACUACAUGACAGCUGAGUCUUCUAACCAACUGCAUGAUUGCCUUCUAAAACUGAACUCGUGCUGUAAGUUUGGAGAUUUGUACUGUGGUAAAUACUGGUACCAUGACGCCUACUCAACGAUUCCUCAGACUUACUGUUGCAUGACGAAGUCUUUCUAAUCAGCCAAAUCUUUGGCCACUUUUCUAACAUUCAGAUUGUGCCAGUAACUAACAGAUAUCACAAACUCAAGGUGCUGUAAAGGCAGCUAUGUUAAAAUGCCUUUUAACAAUGUCAGUGCAUGUAUUUGUUAAGUGCAAUUGUAUUUAUUCAAAUGUCUUUAGUGCAUUAUAAUGCCUGCGAUGUAAGUUGGUCAACAUUUUAUAGAAAUUAUUUAAUAUGUACUGUAAUAUGUAUGCUGCAAAUUUAAUAUAACCAGAAGACAGAAAAGCAAUUGUAUUGCAUGCAAAGUAACAUGUUUACAAUACCUAACUCAUGCCCCUCCCAAAUAAUAACCUAUGAUUAUAAGUUCAAAUAAUUAAAUCUGAUUUGUUGUGAAGUAAUCAACUAAUUCAGAAAAAGGUACACAAGCUGUUAUAAAUCAGAAGACAGCUUCAUAACUUAAAGAUAUAGUAUUCAGAAUGUAAUAUAACGCAUUUUAGGGAGAGCAAACCUAGUAAACUUUAUUUUUUUAAAUGUGAAAAUCUCAUGUCAAUCUUUAGAUAAUCUACACCUAACACCAUUGAUGUAAAGCAGUUAUCUGAAAUAUUGCCCUGGACAAUGUGUGGUAAGUAUCAGAAAUUUUAAUUUAAGGAACCGUUGAAUGCAUUUUAAGGAACCAUUUUCCAUUUACGUUCAGAGCAAGUGAACAAGAAGCUUAAAUUAUGAAAUGAUUGCUGUAAAACUUUGGACUUAUUUUAAUCCCUUGAUAUAGGGUAGAAAUUAUGUGAAUUUUUUAAAAGUCUAAUAUAAAGUAGGAAUGUAACUUGUACAUCUGGAAAUUUAAUGCUUUGGUCUUGUGCAAUGGAGGACUGAUUUUUCUCAGUGAUCCAGUUCUGAAGCAGGACAGUACUUCAAUGAUUAGCUGAUUGGCCUACAAGCACUACAUAUCAUUUUUCCAUUACAUUAUCCCAUUACAUUAUCGUGCCAAUUUACUGUAAAGGUGGUGCAAAUUAAAUCUAAAAUGCUAUGCAAAAUUAUUUUCUAGAAAAUUUACAGUAUUUUGAAAAAUUCAUUGAAUUUGUGAUUAAACUGUUCAGACAUAGCUAACCAUUUCCUAAAUAAUAAGAUCUGGUUACCCAUUGAUUUGAAGAUUCCAGCAGUAGAAAUUGUAGAGAUGGAUAAGAUCAAUUUUUUUUUAAUCAUCAUGAAGCUCCAGUAUAGCACACUCAUUUUGUCAACACAGCUACCAAGAUGUAAUCACUUUGAUUACAGUAUUGUGCCUGAAUGUUAAAUUUGAUGUUCGUCUUUUUUCUGAACUGAUCUUUAAGUGAAUGGGUACAUUUAUUGUCUAUGUUCUUACAAGAGGCCAUUCACCUCUUAUUAUUUUUAAACUCUCUUCCCACUUUCCCAAAAGCUCAUUUUUCACAAAGAAAUCUUUGUAUAUUUUCUUGUGGUACUGAGAUUUUGACAUUGAAUGUGUAUGGAUAGAUGUGCCACAUUAUCUUUUCAUUUGGAUCAGUGUUUCAUUGCAAUACUCCCAGUGCCACAUUUAUCCAGCUAUUGCGAUUGGUUUGUUAAAGUCACCUGUUUCCUCCAACUAAAGUUGCCGUAGACAGGGGUGGUAAACCAUAUGGCACGUGCUUAAGAUGGCAUGGUCAGAAAUGUUGUUGGUCACAGCAAGCAGUUCUUUAAAACCAUCUAUAAUAAAGUCAUACAUAACUGUGAUUAUCUUUACUACCAAUGAAGCAGAUGACGGUGUUUUUACAAUCCGAGAGCAGUGAGAUGCUUUGAGAGGAAACAUCUCAUGCAAGCUUUGUGCCAGCCAAGCAUUUGGAAGAACAUGUGACAUUGGAUGGCACAUUUUGAAAUCUUCACAGACCUGGAAUACACAUCAGUAUUUGGAUAGUAAACUGUUAUAACAAUACCAUUUUCAGUGAUAUUUUUCAAUUGUCCUUUUAAAAGAAUAUUUUUGAAUAGGUUUUCUAAAAUACUUGACAUAAAUAAGCAAUGAGACUUAUCGUAUUUCCUUAAAGACAUCAAUAAUUAUUGUCAUAUUCAUGAACCAAUGAUAAUCUCUGCUCCAAAUUAUGGCAUGUGAGAGAAUUAUUUUCAGAAGAUUGAGAGCCUGUGUCAAUUUGGGCACAGGCUCUCAAAAAACAUUUGCUCCCCUGCCCUAGGAUAUCUGCUAAUAGAACAUGGUUUUUGUUUUUUUUUGCAAUUUAAAUCAUUUUUGCCUUUUGACAAUUGAACAUUAUUUUGAAAGUGUUUAUAAUCCUGAAUGUUGCAUCUGCAAUAAAAAAAAUUUUGACAUUAGCAUU